AUGAUCCCAUCGCAAUUUCUCAGCACCAGAGCAGCCACUCUAAAGGGCGAUCCAGUGUUGGCAAUUCUUGGUGGAAAUAAGAAAAGUUGCUUAGGGACCUUGAGGUUUUCCACGGGCGUCAUACUGGACGCCGUGAUCACAGAAUCGCCCCAAGGGGCUUUCCCGAACCCCAGCACCAUGAGCUAUGCGGAUGAGCUGACCCCCGAAGCUCUGAGUGUGCCGAGCGGGUUUGAUGACCUGAUCACCCCCACCGCCUCCCAGGUGCUGCAGGCUAUUUCUAAUGCUGCGUCUGCGGUUGGUAGCUCAGGCCGCGAUAGCGUGCUCUCCAUGAUCCAUAAGCUGCCUGAACAUGUCUCGAACAUGGGCAACCUGGCUGGCAUGUCAGGUCCCAUGGCUUCGGAGGUGGUGUCCCAAGAUGAGCAGGUACAGUUCUGGUUAGUAAUGGUCACUAUAGUGGUAUUUGCUGCUAUACUAGGCAAUUGGAUCUUAAACCAUGUGAUUAUGAAGCACAGGAGGGUGCACACUGCCUCCGGCCUCUUUGUUGUCAACAUCUCCGUGACCAACAUGAUGCUGGCUUUUCUCAGCUCCCCCUUCACCAUGGUGCACUAUCUGUGUAAUUCCUUGGUAUUUGGGAAGAUGACAUGUCACCUCAAUCAUUUUGCUCAGUAUUCUUGUGCCUAUGUAACUGUGAUGACCAUGGCUGCUAUUUCUCUGGACCUACAUGGGGUGAUGCUAUAUCCCCUGAGGUCCAGAAUUACUCCAAUGCAAGGAAAUGUUUGCAUCAUUCUCAUUUGGAUUGUGAGCACCUGUGCUGCUUUCCCACAUGCCAUUUACCAAUACCUUUACCAAGUUGAGAUUGGAAACAGAACUGAUGAAACUGUCUGUGUUCCCAGUUUCUCAUAUACUUCAAAGUCCACAUGGAAAUACCUUGACCUGAGCACCUUUUUGCUCUUCUUCAUCUUGCCAUUGAUGGUGCUGAUGAUUGUCUAUGGUCAUGUGGCCAAGAAGCUGUGGAUCCAUAAUGCUCUAGAUGAUGUAAAUAUCCACACUUACGUCUGCCAGCGUGGGAAGAAGAAGGAGACACUGAAGAUGCUGAUUAUUGUGGUGCUUGUCUACACUAUCUGCUGGCUUCCUCUCAACCUCUACCUGGUGCUUCUAUCCAGUGAAUCCAUCUCAAGCCACAAUGGUCUCUACUUCUUCCUACACUGGCUGGCAAUUAGCAGCUCAUGCUACAACUCUUGCAUCUAUUGCUGGCUCAGUGAUAGCUUCCAGAUUGAAGUUAAGAAAGUCAUAAUGGAAAUCCAUAAGAUGCUGAGCUCUGUCUCACCCACUCACCACUCUGCUUGGGUGGAUCUCAAUCCUGAAGUGCCGAAAUUCCCACGAUUCAAAGACUUCGAUGAGCUACCCAGUCCCCCUCCAUCCCCAGAAGUAGAAACCUCCUUUCUCUACCCACCAGUGCCUAGAGUUUAA